GGGCAGAGCCUCGGCAGCGCAUCCCCUCAGCCCUCGGGAUGUUGGACCGGGCCGGCCGGGGAGGGGCUGCCGGGCUCGGCGGGCACUGAUUCCACGCGUGCUCGGGCCAUCCCGUGUGAUUCCCGCUGGGGUGUUGUCCUGCCCUGCUGGAGCCGGGCCUGGGUCAGACAGCCGGCUUGGACAUGUCUACGCACCUCCAGCCUUCCCCACUUCUGUUCUUCUCCUCUCUUUGGGACGGGGUUAACUCGGAGAAGGGCAGCAGCGCUUCUCCUGCACACGUAGUUUUUCACAUCCAUCGGAUGACGCCCCAGUGAUCCAUCCCUGUGCGGAUUGAUUAAGAUGCAACAAAUUGGUUAGCAAGUUAAACAGGUCGUUUUCUCCCCUCGUCUGGCCACGCAAUUAUUCCUGCUUCCUUUCCUUGAGUGAGGUUUUGCUGGUCAUGCACAAAGCUCACUCCUGGUAGUACAGACUGCCCAAGGACUUGAGGCUCUGGCACAUGCGAUCCCGGUAGCUGUGGGUUGUCUCUCCCCCUCACACCCCCUUAUUUCAGCUCCAAACAUUCUGUGGCAAGAAUGAAAGCUCUUUUAAAACAGCAGGGAGACGACAAAGCAGCCCAGGAUACAAAGGAGGAGGUGUCAGAGAAACCCAAGUCUGCUCCAACUGCAGAGAAAUAUGGCUGGAUUAAGAAAAGCAGUGGGGGUCUCCUGGGAUUGUGGAAGGAUCGUUACAUCCAGCUACGGAAAACACAGCUCGUGGUCUACGAGGACGAGGAUGAACAGAAGUGCAUAGAAACAGUGGAACUGGAGAGUUAUGACAAGUGCCAGGAGCUGCGUGCACUACUAAAAAGGAAAAACCGUUUCAUUUUAAUCCGCUCCCCGGGUAAGAAGGUUCAUGAUAUCAAAUUUCAAGCUCCAACUUUGGAAGAAAAGGAAUCAUGGAUAAAAGCUCUUAAUGAGGGGAUCAACAGAGGCAAAAACAAAAUAUUUGAUGAGGUGAAAGUAGAUGAGAGCCUUUCCUUGGACCAUGUAACUCGGGACAGGGUGAAGGUGUCCCAUGGGCGCAGACCACCCACAAGAAGUCACCUAAAGGAGGCUGCCAAGUGUACAUCCGAUGGAAUCCUGCGACUGGAUCUGGAUAUAGUAGACAACGGACCGCCGACCUUUGAUUCCACUGUCAGCGAAAGUGACAAUGAGCCACCUCAGAAAGAAACUCCAAAGCCACCUAUGCCACCUCUAAAACCCACUGGCACAAGAGAAAAUCAAGAUGCAGACAACAGUGUUCCUGACCAGGAACAUAAAAAAGCUCUGUCUCCUCCAAUGCCUCCAGAUAAGAAGCUUAAAGAAGGCGUCACAUCAAAGGACAAUGUAAAUGUCAAGGAUGAGGACUCUCUAAGCCCAGAGAAGAGUGCAGAAGGAUCCCAAGCACCAAGUGAGGAAAACAAGGAGAACCUCAUUGAGGUCAGCAACAGGGUUAUAGCAAAACCUCCAGUUCCACUUCCUAAGAAUGUAUCAGACAAGCUAAAAGUAGCUUGGGACCAACCAACCAUUGAGCCUAAAAAGGCAGAAGACUUGGAAUCAUCAGGAGAUGACAGCAAAGACAACCUGGCUGAGAUUGCUGCUGCAGAUGUUGCAAAGCCUCCUGUUCCUCCUAAGGUUCUGUCAGAGAAAAUGCUUGCCACAGUGAACUCCAGCCAUGGUGACCUGGAAGCUGGGGAAGAGCUGGAGUCUGGCAGCUCCAAGCCCCCGGUGAACGGGAUCUCUGCCAGCGAGGGAGCAGAGUUCACAUCCCCAGCAACUGAAACAGAAGAAGGAAAUGGGAGAACUGCUGCUGAGAAGGAACAGCAAACUUCAGCAGAAGAGACAGAGACUUCCUUAGCUACAGAAGCAGACCACGAAAGUGUAAAAGCAACUAUUGAGAAGAAAGAUUCUACAGAAUGCACUUCAGGUCUCAAGCUUCGCAGUUCUUCUCUGGGAGACUUGCUGUCUGAUUCCAAAAAUAAACAGAGAGCACUUGCAGGCCAAGGUUUCCUGAAGGAUUCCCAUCAAUGCUUAGCUAAAAUGGAGGAGAAAGUUGCUAAUGAAAGGGAAAAGGCAGAAAAACUUCUGCAGAAGGUUUUACGUGAAGGGUUGGAGCAGGCUCAGGAGGGGAACGGACCCCCAGUGAUGGCAGAGACGUUGCUCAAUGAGGCGGUAGAACAACUUCGUCAAGCUACACAAGUUUUGCAAGAAAUUAAAGGUCUUGGAGAACUGAAAAAAGAAGCAACACAGAAACAGAAAGAAAAGCAAAAGGAUCUAGUGACUCUUUAUAGGAGAAGUGCUCCUUGACAUACUCUGCAGAGACUUCUUUCUCAAAAUCAAAGCUAAACAUUUGCCAUUUAUGAUUUGUACCAUUGCUAGGCCAGUGUUUAAAGGUGGUCUUUCGCUGUGCACACACCAUGUUUGUGGGGCAGAAUUGAGCUUUCAGUUAUAGCAUCUUUCUUUCUUCAUGUUGUACAUACCAGUCUGAUUCUAAUCCUCUUAGCACAGCAGAAGGUUACAGGACAGUGAACAGUUUCAAAAAUGUGAAUGCUCUUCCAGGACUCUGUCCAAAGUCCUUUCAAUGGAUCAGGCCUUAAAAAUUACUGGUAAUCCAACCAAGCCAGAUUUUUUGAAAGGAGCAGAAAGGCUAUUCUAGCAAAAGCCCCUGUCUCUCUGUAUUUACAGACAAGCAGAUACCAGAUUACACUGGCACCUAUCUGGUUUGCCCAGUUAAAUCAUGUAAGGAUAAAUGUAGACAGUGUUUGUUCACUUGCUGGCAAGGUUUCCCAGACCACCUGGCCCAGUGACAUUUAGGAAUGUAAAGAUAAACGGUUUAAUCUUCUCCAAAGACACUCUCAAAACCACAUCCACAGUCAAAAAGUGACCUCACACAGAGGCAAACCAAACUGGCCAAUUCCUGGCUCCAAGUAGUGUCCCUGAUCUGGAGCAGCUGUAUGAAGGCACUCUGAGUCUGGUCCUGCAGAGUUUUAGGUCUGCUAAGGACUGCCUGCGUGAACACAAGUCUCAAGGCAUCAUUACCAGGCAGGUAUUGAUUGUUCCUCUUAAAUUAAUAGGGAAAUUGAGGUUACACUUGGCCUGUGAAGGUGUCUUCUAGCAGCACAACACGUUUAUUUUUGAGGACCAUACCCAUCUGGUAACUCUGAAUCCCCUCAGCGUUGUUGGGAACAAUUAGCCAGCCAUUUGAAGAACUUGACUCUGGGAGAUCCCCAGGAGAGCUGUGACUAGGAAGCUUUGGGGAUGUGCGUUCCCUUAGUGUUGUCUUGGAAAGUAACUGACAGGAGCAGGCACAUCAGGCAGCGGGUCUGGAUGAGAUCCCUCUUCCCAUGGAACACGUCUCUACCUGCAGUGUCCUGGCCAGCCUGAGAGCCAGGGUUUGGCCCAGACCUCUGUAACUGGCAGACAUGGAGGAAAAGGCAUUGUGCAUGCACAACUUCGGGGCUGGUCCCUGUUGCUGAAGUACAUUCAAAUGCAUCGCUGCAGAAGGGUCUGAGGAAGGAAUUGCAGAAGGCUUCAGUACAAUUCCCACAGCUUCCCUGUCCACCUGCUGAAAGCAACCACAGUUCCUGUGGUCUUUAUUGAUUACAGCAGUGACAAAAUCAUGUCUUUGCACUACUGCUAUAGAGCCCUGUACCUGAGCUGGGUCCCCUCCUCUAUUCUCUAGAGUUGCUCUUAGGAGAAUGUGAGAGCCCAAAGGGCUUCUCCUUUGCUUGAACCAGACUGAAAGCAAAGAAAAGGCUGACCUUCCCAGUCUGGUUCUAAGGAGUGACACGCUACCUAAACUCUUUUCUCUCAUUUGCCAGCACUUCCCUCUUAGUUCAUCCAUUUCUUCUUCUUCUAAUUUCCCAGGUCCCACAAGGCUGCAGUGGGCUGCAAACACCCCCACAGCAGCUGUAAAGCUUCAUCUGAGCCUCCUCUUAGGCUGGGCAGUGGGCACUUCAGGUCUGAGCACAGAAAUGUUGGCUUUGGGCUUCCAAACAUCAUACUUUUCACCACCUAGAGCCAGUAAGACAGGUAGUGACUACAACUGAUGCUUCUGUCUCUUUUGAUUAAAACAGCCUUGGUUUUAGUGGUCUGUCCCCCUCUCAAGACAGGCAGAGAUGUCACAUGGGAAUUCACUUGUUAUUCUAUCUAGUGGAAAAUUCUACAUAGUCAAGCACUCAGGGCUCAGGUGCCAAAAAGCUUUACUUUGAGACAAAAAAGUUUCCUAUGUCCUAAGCCCACCCCCAGGCACACAGCCUGGAGCAAGCUCUGGAUCUGUGUCAUUUGCUGCUGUAGAGUCAAUGUGAACUGUGGGUCAUAUUCACUUUUCCAGACACACUUAGGACAAGGGCUAAGAACACAGACAAUAAUUCAGUGCCUAUCUGCUAUCUAAAUGUAUUUUUCUGCAUGUGCACUUUUGUUUACCGAACACUGUGUGGUAUGAAUGUGAGCUGUCAGAACCUGGUGUGCACUGGAAGUCGAGGGACAUCAGCUCCAGAGAGCGGGCAGGCUUUUGCAAGAUGCAGUUCUGUAAGAAGAUUAGAUGGGAAAAAACCCAGUUCACACUAACAGGAAUAUACACAAACCAGGGCAAACUCCGGGUACAGGUUCAUAUCCCAAAGCUGAAGCCAGUCCUAAACCCCAGGGUUGGCAAAUCAAAGGCUGGAACUGAAAUCCAGGAGAAUGCCAACAGCUUAUGGGGUAGCUCAGUCCCCUAAUUUAUAUACAAAUGCUUUUUGCUCUCACAAGUGUUUUCUUGUGGCAGUGUGUACUGUGGAUACUCAUCUGGCAAAGUGCUGAUGAAAAUAUCCAGACAUCCCUAUCUGUUACAGCCAAAUCUAGAGGAUGUGCUUAUAUUUACUGUAUAUUUUUAUAUUAUACUGAAUAUUCUAAUGAAUAAAUGUCUGACAUUUUACUGAAUACCCAUCAGUAGGAAUCCUAACAGAUAAAUACCCUCUAUCUGUUAGGAAAUGGGCAAGUUAAAUCAUUUUACAAGCUACAGCUAAUUACUGUAUAUGCUGUACUAACAGAACAUACUAGAUUUGUAUUAUGUCUUGUAAAUAGGUAUAACUUAAGUGGAAUCUCUGUAGCACCCAGUAACCCUCCUUCUGAGACUCUUGGUUUUAACUAUAUUUUCUAAUAGGUUUAACAGUUUCAUCUUAAAACAUUCAGUCUUCUACAGCAACUCGCAUCUUCAGCGAGCAUCCUGCCAGCCACCAUGCACUUUUUUUUUAAUCUUCCUUUAAACUUACAUUUAAACUUGCAUCUAAUUCCUGGCUGCACUAAGGCUGGGGGUUUAUUUGGGGGUGGUUUUUUUGUUUUUGUUUUUUUUUUUUUGGUGCCUGAAAGCCCUCUGGGCAUGGAGUGCUGGGGUGUGAGUGUGUUUCGGGCUGUGCCACCAGGGUACAGGUCUGCGACAGGAAGGAAGUGAGUUUGCAAGCGAGCAAGUGUGGAUGACGAUCUGAAAAGCAGCUGCUGCAGCCCGUGGAAAGGCAGCACUUUGUCUCCUGCUUGUAAAGAGCUUUGAGAUUUGGCAAUAAAACCUCCUUUUAAAAA